AAGACGGUCCAAAAGAGGUCCAUUACGAAUAGCCCAAAAAACGUAGGUGGUGUAACAAUCCCUUCCCGCGAGAACAGUGAGAGAGAACCCAAACCGAUCGAAAAUGUUCCUCCGUGCAGUGGCGCGGCCGUUAAUGGCGAAGAUAAAGCAAACAACAGGGAUCGUAGGGUUAGACGUUGUUCCAAACGCGAGGGAGGUGUUAAUAGGACUCUACAGUAAGACACUGAACGAGAUCCAGAAGGUCCCAGAAGACGAAGGGUAUCGGAAAGCUGUUGAAAGCUUUACCAAUCACAGGCUUAGGGUUUGUCAAGAGGAAGAAGAUUGGGAGAAGAUUGAGAGUCGGCUUGGGUGUGGACAGGUUGAGGAACUCAUUGAAGAGGCUCAGGAUGAACUCAAACUCAUUGGAUAUAUGAUUGAAUGGGAUCCUUGGGGUAUCCCAGAUGAUCACGAAAUUGAGAUGGUUGAAAAUGAUGCACCAAUUCCGAAGCACGUUCCUCAACACCGGCCUCCUCCUCUCCCUAAGGAGUUUCAAGAAACAUUAGAGGCACUUAUGUCUCAACCAGGGAAGACAGAAAAGCUAGAAGAACUUGUGUCAAAAUCAAUAAAAGAUAAUGCUGCUGCAAACUCUAGUGAAGAAUCCUCAAAGCCAUGAACUUCAGCUACACUAUAACUUUGAAAUCUCCAUGUGAAUGUGCUUUUCCUUUUAAAGCAAGAUUUAGAGUGCACCUUUUAUUGCAUUAAACUAAAUUGUUUGUAUUAAGUAGUUUCAAAAACAGUCUUUCAGGGGCAAAUCCUGUGCUCUAAAACAACUUGGACAGUUUGAAAUAACAAGAAAUAACAUAGUACUCUGUAUGUAUGCAUGAAAUGACUUUUGUGUUUUGGUCAAAUUAAAAUAAUGUUGUCCUCAUUGUUCAUAAUCAUUAAAUUUAAAAUUGUUUUGCUAGUGCA